AUGAGGGACUGGAGCAGAGCGUCCGCGCACACCCCGCGGGUGGCUGCGAGAGCGCGCAGCAGCCGGCGCGUCUCCGCCCCGCCCCACCCCGCCGGGUCCGGCCGCGGCACGCCGGCAGCGCCCUCUCGGGCCGCGCACACUUGCACGCACAAGCUCCGCCGGCCCCGCCAUGUUCCGGGAGCGGCGGCAAGGGGCGCCAGUGCCAAGCCCCACACCCCGCCCGCUGCCCGCAGCCCUCCACCCGGCUCCGCCCCGAUACAGGCGGCGCCCCCGCCCAGCGGGCAGCUCCCACCAGAGCCGCGGAUGCUCAGGAGGCCGGGAGGGGCGACAGGCGGGCCCGGCGAACCCGCGCCGGGGCUACUAACGGCCUGUCACUGUCAGGACGCGUCGCCUCGGGCCAGGCCCGGCGGUGUGCGGCUCAAUGGGUGUAGCGGAAAGGGCAAGGCACGAUCCUACCUUGCUCGGGGGAGGGGAGACGGGAGCAGCGCGGAACCGAAGGGUCUCCUCCCAGGCGCCGGGGACAGGCUCGAAACCGCGCCCCUCCUUCCUCCUCUCCUGUCGCCACGCCCCCCUCGCCCGCACGAACCCGAGGCACGGCGGGCGCAGGAGGGUUUACCCCCUGAACGACUGACUUCGCGUGACUGUCGCUGUCGUUGUCUUCGUCGCCGCUGCAACCGCCACUAACGCCGUCGGGACCGGGCUUGAAAACAUCUCCGGUCUCGGUCCGUCUCUCACCACAGCCUCCUCGCUCCCAGUACAGCGUCGAACAGCGAUUGGCUGCGGUGUGAGCACGUGACUCCCGCUGCCACGUGACUCCUGCGGGCACGGGACGGGCGGUGCGAUGACCCCGCCCCCUGUCGCCCGCCCCUCUCGCAGCUCUUUGGGGAAGCAUCUUGAGCCGCAGAACGGGGGAGGCAGAACGUACCAACUGCAGGAGGCGGGGAGUGCGGUCCGGAACUCCUCCUCCGGGCUGGUCGGCCUCCCCUCCGCCGUCACCGGCCCAGGGAGGGGGUGAAAAUCGAAGGUUGGAAAAGAAGGCAGCGGUUCCUCUGACCCAGCGGGGCGAAUGGACUUAGCAGUCGCCUUUUGCGGCGACCACAGUAGUGGCUGUGACUGGAAACUUUUGGAAAUGGUGGCGGCGAUGAGGAAGCUUCACAUAGGGGUUGGGCACACUGAGUGUUGAAGAUGUUGUGAUAAAGGAUACAGUCUUGCCUUCAGGGAACAUGUCAAAGUUCUUACAUGGAUCUGUCCGCUAGAGAGAAUGGGAUUUGCAAAUCCAAAUUCGCCUACCAUAUUAUUCUGCUCCAUCUGAAAUCUGAUGUUUAUCUUGCUGUAGUGCAAUUUUCAACUCUUGUGUUGUCAUAGGAAGAUAAAAAAUAAAAAACACCAUUAAGAAUCUGCUAAAAAAUUUUUGUAAAAAGGAAUCUGUUAUAAUCAGGUGAUAAAGGGUAGGCAGACUUCUAAGAUGGCUUCCAGUGAUCCCCACGUCUUUGUGUUCAUGAAAGUAACCUUAUGUAAGUAACCUCCUCAUCUAGUGUGUAGACUGGACCUAAACAAUUAAAUAUAGCAAAGGAGUUGGAAUGUCAUUUCCACAAUUAGGUUUGAAAAUAUUGUGAAUUCAGUCUCUCUUGCCUUCCUGGCUUACAUACUUUGGUAAACUGCCAUGAUGGAGAAGCAGGAAAUUGAAGGUGACUGCUAUCCAACCACAAUCCAGUAACUGAGGUCCUCAGUUCACCAAUCGGUGAGGAACUGAAUCCUGCCAACACCCACACGAGUUUGAAAGAAGAUUCUUCCCCAACUGGGCUUCCAAUAAGAAGAGCUUUGUCUGCAUCUCAAUUUCAGCUUUGUGAAAGAUUCUGAGAAACAGGACCCAGUUAAGCUGAGCCUAGGUCCCUGACUCACAGAAACUAAGUAACACAUAUAUGUAUCUUGUUUUAAACUGUUGUGUUUUGAGUAAUUUGUUAUGCAACAAUAGAUAACUCAUACAGAAAUCAUCGGUGUUUUUAAGGAAUUGAUGGUAGAAUUGGAAUCAGACAUCUGUAUAGCACAAUGUUAAAAGUAGUACCAUCUGUGGUAGAUCUGCAGAGGUGACUAAUUCUGUGAUUCUGGUAUUUUAAUUCUAGUCUCAAAUCACCUUAAUUUCUGUUUUUUACAGAUUUUCUAACUGUAAAAGCUCUUGAGAAAGUC